CCAGCAACACCGACACGCACAACGAUAGCAACAACUCCUAUCCAGUCGGUUCAGCAGAGCCAGUCGACACCAAAGCGCGUAGAUACUCCAAACAUAGAAGAACCUAGUGAUCUUGAGGAACUUGAACAGUUUGCCAAGACGUUUAAACAGAGACGUAUCAAACUCGGGUUCACUCAGGGUGAUGUAGGUCUUGCCAUGGGAAAACUCUAUGGAAAUGAUUUUAGCCAAACCACAAUCUCUCGUUUUGAAGCCUUGAACCUCAGCUUUAAGAACAUGUGCAAGCUCAAACCAUUGCUUGAAAAGUGGUUAAAUGAUGCAGGUUUGAAA